ACGGCCAGCGCCCAGUUCGCUCAGCACCUUCCGUCUUCCAGUCUCAUCCACCAACCCCUCCCUCUCCCACGACCCGCAGCAUGGUGCUGAUCCGCCGCCGCAACCUGCUCCAGGGCGUUGCCCUGGCUGGCCUUCUGAGCUCGGCCGCCGCCAAGGCCCUGGGCAGUCUCCCAGACUCGUACUGGCCCUCGCCGUCGUUCGAGGUCAGCGACGUUGUCAGCAACCUGGUCGACCAGCCGCUGGACCUGGGAGCGCUGCAGUCCACGGCCGUGGAUAUCCUGACCAAGAAGCUCGGCGUCAGCCAGAGCCAGUUUGCCAUCACCACCUCCUUCCAGGAUGACCACAACGGCAUCUACCACCUGCACGUCCAGCAGCUGAUCGGCGGGCAGCCCAUCGCCAACGCCGUCGCCAACAUCAACCUCGACAGCAACGGCAACCUGCUCUCGAUCGGCUCGACCUUUGCCAAGGUCGACAGCUCGCUCACCAAGCGCGGCCUCGAGCCUCGUGCCGCCAAAAUCUCGGCCAAGAAGGCCCUGACCAACUUCCUGACCAAGGCCAAGAUCAAGUUCACCGCCAGCAAGCUCAAGGAGACCGUCAAGGACAACACAACCUCGGUCAUCGACGGCGCCCAGGACUUUGCCCAGCUCCCCAUCACGGCCUCGCUGCAGUACUACCAGGGCCCCUCGGGUGUCUCGCAGGUCUGGAACAUCAACGUCUAUACCAAGGGCGGCGACGACUGGUUCGAUGCCUUUGUCGACAGCCAGACCGGCGAGGUCGUUGCCGUCGCCAACUGGGUCAACAAGUUUAGCCAGGCCGGGCCCAGCACUACCUACAACGUUAUCCCCUUCAACUACGGCGACAUCUCGCAAACCCCCCAGACGCCGGUCGCCAACCCCGCCGACCAGGACAUCUCGCCUCUCGGCUGGCACGACGACGGCAGCGGUGCCAACCCCACCACCAAGGGCAACAACGUCCAUGCCCAGGAGAACUGGAAGAACUAUCCCAAGGGCCAAGACGAGGCCCAGGGCACCCGCCCCACCGUCGGCAGCGACUACAACUUCAAUUUCAAGUACGACACCACCCAGGACCCCAAGAGCAACGUCAACGCCGCCAUCACGCAGCUGUUCUACAUGAACAACAUGGCCCACGAUAUCUUUUACCGAUACGGCUUCAACGAGGCCAGCGGCAACUUCCAGACCAACAACUUUGGCAAAGGACGGCCAGGGCGGCGACUAUCCAACUUUGCCACUCCCCCCGAUGGACAGAACGGCCGCAUGCGCAUGUACAUCUUCACCGCCACCACCCCCAACCGCGACGGCACCAUGGACAACAUGAUCAUCACCCACGAGUUUGGCCACGGCGUCUCGAACCGUCUCACUGGUGGCUCGGCCCAGGCCAACUGUCUCAGCACCACCACCGCCGGCGGUCUCGGCGAAGGCUGGAGCGACUUCUUUGCCAACAUCUUUGAGCUCAAGCCCACCUACAACCGAAACACCCCGAUCUACGCUGCUCCUUACACCGUCGGCAACCCCAAGGGCAUCCGCCACUACCCGUACACCUCCGACAUGACCCUCAACCCCGAGACCUAUGCCACCGUCGCAAAGUCGUCCGAGGUCCACAACGUUGGCGAGAUCUGGACGCAGAUGCUGAUGGAGGUGGCCUGGAACCUCAUCGAAAAGUACGGCUUCGAGCCCGACAUCCAGAACUCCAAGAGCGGCAAGGGCAACAACAUUGCUCUCCAGCUGGUCAUCGACGGCCUCAAGCUGCAGCCUUGCAACCCCGACUUUGUGAGUGCCCGCAACGCCAUCAUCCAGGCCGACCAGCAGAACAACAACGGCGCCAAUCUGUGUGAGAUCUGGACUGGCUUUGCCAAGCGCGGCCUCGGCUACAGCGCCAAGGCAGGAUCGUAUGUCGAUGCCAAGGACCUCCCUCCUGCUUGUGCUGGUCCAAAGUCCUCCAGCACAACCUCAGCUCCAAAGACCGCAUUGAGCAGCUCCUCUGUCUCAUCCCAUGGUACGGUAACGGCCAAGUCGACCCUUACAACAGUUCCAGCCAAGUCUACCGCAACGACCAAGAGCUCCAGUCUUCCCACUCGCUCAACCGUCACAAACACAAGAAAGACCAAAACCCCCAAGACCAAAAAGUCCAAGACCAAGAAGACACAUACAAAGAAGCCACAAACCAAGAAGACAAAAUCAAAGAAAAGCCACCAAAGCCCCGGACUGCAGGCGUAAUCAUUGGCCGACGCAGCGGGGCAUCUUGUUUCCGAUGGUGCCCACUGCUUAAAUUCUGGCUUCUGAAUACAUAUUAUCGUAUCCCGUA